GUCGCGACACCCUGUAGAUGUUUGGGUAUUCCGCGUCGGGACCAAUGAUUAUGUCGUGAGAUCCGUUGAGAGUAUAUCCCCAUCCCUCUAACCAGCCGGCUGGCGGUGGUCUUUUUCGCUCUUUUUGGUAAACUUUCUGAUAAUACUUUUAAUCUAUCACCUUCAAGAUCGCCCAGCCAUUCCUUACUACCGUCGAUCUUUUUAGCACAGGGCUUCUUAUUCGUCAACAGCACAUCUCCGAGCGAGAUGGCUUCUCUUCUCACCGCUUUAAUUCUUACCCUCUUUGCGCAACAUACCGCGAGCUUACAGGUCACGCCAAAUUCCCCUUGUGCCUCCCUCUGUAUAGAUUCCACAGGCCUCGACGUCUCCGAUCCGAACUCAUCGACGACCGGAAACGACGAUAUCACCUGCCAUGACUCCCAAUAUUCGAGCAUGCCGACUGGCCAAAAGUUCCAGAGAUGUAUGACCUGUCUUCAGGAUAGCGCAUUUUCGCAGGGAAGCGAAAGUGACCAGACUUGGUUCCUAUACAAUCUCAGAUAUACGUUUGACUAUUGCAUUUUCGGAUUUCCGAAUGCAACGGGGACACCAUCAACGCCAUGUUCGACCUCGACUGCCUGCGGCACAUUGGAGAGGACGUUGACGGACGGGAACCUGAACCCAAAAAGUCACGGCUACGCGUACUGCGGCGCCGACGGCAGAGCCAUGUCUGAUGAGGUAGUCUCCCAAUGUUUUUCCUGCGUGGCCGCUUCAGAUGGCCUGGACUAUCUCGCAAACUAUCUCAUCGCUCUUCAGACGGGAUGCAAGCAACAGCCACCCGCCGGAAUGUUACUAGGGUUGAACGAUACCGUCUUCUCAAAGACAAGGAUCAGUGCGGUCGACCCCACCGCCCCCGAGACUACUGAAGAGAAAAGUCCGCCUCUCUCUGUAACCCAGAUUGUGGGCAUCGUUGUCGGCGCCAUCGUCGUGGUUUUAGCCGUGGCCGGCUUCUUUUUCAUACGGCAUCGUAGACGGCGCAACCGUCGUCUUCUCCUCGGGGACACGAAGCCGUUGAAAAUGCGGCCAAACGCGGACCGAAACUGGCCUGCCUCGCCACUUUCAUUUCAGUGCCAAACGCACUUAUCUCCCAGAUCGCCAUCUUUUUCCCCAGACCCGUCGACAGGUGUUAUCCAGGAAGAGAAACCGUAUUCCGGUCCAUACCCAGCCCUGAAUUCCCAUCCCAUCUUUACAGAGUCUCCAAGUUCGAAACGAUCCACAUGGCAAUCCCAAAACAGCCGCGGCCUCGAUUCCUUCGUCAGAGAAGAAUUGAAAACGAUACCGCCUCACCACAUUUCGACGGCCAUUCCCGUGAUACCUGACGGUGUGCACUAUUCCACGUCGCCCAAAGCUGGCUUUUUCUCCCCGACGGACGAGCCAGCUAGUACCACUAGCACGAAGAGCACCGCGCAGCUCCUACCCCUAAGGCAGUACAACCCGGCCGAGUACGCCGUUACCUCGCCACAGGGGAGCACCGUCUCUGGCGGCACGUUCAGCAGUCCUAUCUCUGGAACGACAGCGAGUCCCCUGCUGAGCCGCGCCUGGGACCAAAGAACGCCGAGGUGGGACCCGCUCCCGCGAGCAAACAGUAGGCCGCUGGUUCCCGAGACAUUGGAUAAGGUCACUCCUACGGUUGGAGGUAAGGGUAGAAGGACUGGUGGUGCGGGAAGCCCUGUCGAAACCAAACAGAUCAACGUCACUUUUCCGGCGCCGCCCACUCGGCGGUAGCCCGAAUGUAUUCUAAUAUUUCCUAUGUUUUCCUUUGAUCGAUUAUAUGUGUUGUCUUUGGCCAAAAUCCGUGUCGGGCACAGAGGAUGAGGGACGAUAACGAGUGGAUGUGGGUACACUAAUAGCAUGAUACCGCGGCGUUCAUUUCAUCUACGAUAAAACAUAUGAAACAUCAACUACUACCCAACUAUUAGGAUAACUCGUUAAACAAAUAUUUUAAAAAAUUGCUUGAGC